AUGAAGGUUGCUAUUUGGGAGUCCAAGGGCAAGAUCGAUAUGGUUGACAGAAAGGUACCUGCGAUGGCUCCUGGUGAAGUGCUGAUCCGAGUGACAUCCUCUGGCUUAUGUGGAACGGAUCUCCAUAUUUGCCAUGGUGAGACCCCACACGCCACACCUCAAGUGACCAUCGGCCACGAAUUUGCUGGAUAUGUUGAAUCAAUCCACCCGGAAACCAAGACCUCUCUGACCGUCGGCCAUCUUGUUGCCAUCGAUCCCAACUGUCCAUGCCACGCAUGCACUUUUUGCCGCAACAAGAAAUACCACCUGUGCCCAUUCCUUUCGUGCAUCGGCGUCAGCGUGAACGGUGGUAUGGCCAAGUACGUUGCCGUCCCUGCUGCUGCUGCCUUUGCCGUUCCUUCCACAGUCAGCCCCGAGCUUGCCAGUUUGGCCGAACCUCUCUCGUGUGUCGUGCAUGCCGUGGACACGGGCUCGAUCAAGAGCGGCGACCGGGUAUUGAUUAUGGGCGCGGGUCCCAUCGGAUUGAUGGCCUUGGGUCUGUGCUCCACCGGCGGUGCUUCUGUCACUGUAGUCGAACCAAGCGACAUGCGACGCCAAAAGGCGCUUGAGUUCGGUGCUGCCAAAGCGAUCAAGCCCGAAGAUCUCAAGGUUGGCGAUCCAUGCAUGGGUCAUGGCUAUGAUGUUGUGUUCGAAUGUGUUGGACGCCCGGAAACGAUGGAAUCAGCAGUGAACUGUGCUAAAGCGGGAGGCACCGUUGUGUGGGUUGGCGUUGCGAAACCGGGUGUCACGGUGCCAGUAUCGCCUUUUGAUGUUUAUCGCCGUGAGCUGACCAUCAAGUCAACGUACACAAAUCCUUUUGGUAUGGAGCGUGCAGUCAAAAUUUUGGCUGAAGGCAAGGUCAACUGGAGCGCAUUGAUCUCCCAUACGUUUACUUUGGACGAGUUCGACAAGGCGUGGGAGGUGUUCACUUCUGGUACAGGCUUGAAGGUCUGCGUUCGACCUUCUCUAGAGUAA